AUGCUACUGGAAGGCAUCCAGGGCUUCGCUAUGGCCCCUGGACUCCCCAAUAUCGACAACCACCCCCUAGACCCAGGGGGGCAGGCGCUAGGUCUGGUGAACCCCGUAGGGGCCUAUAUAGGCACCCCAGCGGGGACAGCACCACCAGCGCCCCCCGAGGCAAGUGCAACAGUCCCUCAGAGCGAGGGCUUCUUGCCUAGCCUGGAAAUCAACCCUAGGGAGUUGUUUCCCCCCCUAAGCAGCGUGCCAGGCUCCCAGGAAGCACCUAAAACUCUAGGGAAGAGACUACAGGAACACAGCCCUGACGGGGCAGAAAGAGCCCCCAUGAAGGCCCUAAUCGGCCCAGCCUACAAGGACAUGGAACAGGCCUUAUUAGGCCACUUUGCAAGCAGCAAUAGCGCGCUGCACGCGGAGAUGGCCGCUAUGAAGGCCUAUAUGACCUCUCUGGUAGAGGCUAUGGAGCAGCGCCUCACAGGCCAAUUGGGCGCUCUAGAGCGCCGUUUCUCAACCCUAGAAGCUCAACAGGCCUCCCCGAACGCCCCAAACCACCCGCUAAAGCCCCUAUCGUCAGGGGGCGACCGCCAGGGCCCACGACAGCCUCUGCCAUCCCAGGGGACGACGUUUGCAGAGGUCGCCCAUGGCCCCCAAGCUAACCCGAAUAGGGCCGCUAAGCCCAUAGAGCCACGCAGAGCCUCACCCCCGAUAUCAAAACCACCCCCUGGGGUGAAGCCCGCAGCAGGCCCCCAGUGGGCCGAUAUAGCGGCCAGCAAUGCCCAGGAGUGGCAAAUCGUUACAAAAAAACGGGCUUACUCCCCGAACCAGCCCCCAAAAGUCCAAAUGGACCCAGGGAGCCUGAAGCCUAUUCGCGGAAGCAACAAGGGAGACCGCAGGCUUAUAUUUAGGCGUGAAAAUGGCCGCACCGCCCCUAGAAAGUCUAAAGCCGAUGUCAUCUUGCAGCUUAACCGCUGCCUAGCCCAGGCAGGCUUCCCGAACUUCGCCAGGGUAAUAGACGCCAAUUACACCGAAUCAGGGGCUAUCUCAGCCCUAUUGGACCAAGGAAGCACCGUAGGCUCGCUAUUACCAGCCUAUAAGGACCUAUUAGUGGCUGCCUGCCACCGGGUCGACCCCGCAGUCAUCUCAGUGGAAGCAGACCAACAGUGGCACAAGAUUAAGGUGCAUGCGGUGCCGGUAGCCCGCUAUAGCGCCUCAGGGCUAGGCCUAGCCAGGGAAGAAAUUGAAUUAGGGGGCACAUGCACCCUAAUGAGAAACCCUACCUGGAUCAAGCCGAUAGCGGCUAUCCAGACUAAUAAGCAGCGUUUCUCUACUAUCGUUAUAACAGUAGGAGGCCUAGAUGACGCCCGCAGGCUACUCGCCCGGGGCGUACGCUUCGGGGGCAACAGGCACCCUACCAGCCCCUAUCACGAAGUGGGUAAAGACACCGUUUGCACCCGAUGCUGCGGCAUUGGCCACCGAACUUAUAGAGGCUGCGGCACCCGACCACCACUCUGCACCGUGUGUGCUGGCGCCCAUGAAGCCCAAGAGCACACCUGCAACGUGCUAGACUGCAGGGCCCAAACAGGCCACCCAUGCCUGCAUGCACCCACUAAAUGCGGCAACUGUGGGGGGAAGCACCAGGCUGAUUCCCCGGGGUGCCCCAAGCUUCGGGAGGCCCGCCGGCGACUCCAUAAGCGCUUCCCUGGCGUAGAGGUCGUUAUGCCCCCUCCCCCCCCUGAAUGGACCGAAUGGGAAGGCGUUGCUGAGGAGGCUUCUCCCCCAACCACUACCCAGGACGCCCCCCAAGCCCCAAAGCUUAGGGAGGUCGAUGACGCUAUGGAAGAUGCCCCAGGGACAUCACCCCUACCGUACUCAUCCCCGUGUCCAACACCAACGCCUGGAGCUGCAGCCCCUAUUAAUGUUGAUUAUUCAACAUAA